AUGUGUCCCGGUUUAUCGUCUAAGGGUGCCUGGCUACCUGAUGCUCCAGGCUAUGAACCUGGCCAAGUUGUGACUAUAUAUGCGGAGGGUAAAGAACAUGCUUUGGCUGUUGGGAUAUUGACCAUGUCUACGGAAGAUAUCAAAUCUAUAAACAAGGGAAUUGGUAUUAAUGUUGUCACAUAUCUAGGUGAUGGCUUGGUAAGUAUUCUCAUUGGAAAGAUUGUGUCUGAAUGGUAA